UACACAACCUGGUAUCACUCCUGGAUCUUACGCUAAACGAAGUCAAUCGCGCACACUCUGUCGCAAAGCAAGUCUCUAGCCUCCAAGCAUGUUAACGCCCGUGCUGCAUCGGUUAGCCCGAAUCCUUGCCAAAAGUCGAACCACAGUUCUCCACUACUAGGCUUCUUAUCUUCCUUCCGACUUUCUCCAAUCUCUCUCCUCUCGUCACCGGCCUAUGACCAUAUGCUGUCUUGUGCUUCGAUGCCUGAACCGCAUGGGGUAAUAGCAUCUCCAUCACCAUGGAAAACGACGUAGGAAUGAUUGGUGUCCUUACUGGUAUCAUUAUCCUUAAAAAGAGACGCAACUCGCCAUGGAUUCGCUCAGCGUUCUUCGUCCUCAAGGAUGCAUCCUUUUGUAAAUGGCCCUCUCUCCUCCAUCCUCCUAGCACUACUCUUCGCGAAGUUCUCAUGUGCUGCUUCAUGGCCAGCUUCCGCCAAACAUGCUACACAUCGACUCAGGAUUAUUGGGCGCGACUUGAAGAUCGAGGCUUACCAUCCGAAGUCGACUUUUAAGACCUACGGCAAAGGCGAAGAAUCCCUGUCUUUCAAGGGUGGUAAUUUGGAAGUAUCCAUGACAUCCUUCAUUGCAUCAGAGCUCGGUGUCGAUUCCUCUGCUAUCGGUUAUCGAUCUGGGCACUCUAACGAUAUCAUGAGUUACUCGUACGUGAAGCAAUAUCAUGAUGGUGUUCCCUUCGCAAACGCUGUAGCCAAUGUCGCUUUCAAAAAUGGGAAAGCGGUUGCCCUUGGCUCAUCAUUCGUAGACACAACAAACAUCGCGUCUUCUUCGCCGUCUGUGUCUGUCGACUCGAUCAUCAGCAAAGUUGAGGACUCCUUCAUUGCCGCUUACAACGGCAUCUCCUCGCUGGAAUACCUAGCCCAUUCCGAUGGUUCUAUCGCGCUUACACAUGUCGUUCAAGUUCAGAACGAAGAAACGAAUGCUUGGUAUGAGGCAUUCGUUGAUGCCCAUUUGGGGGAAAUUCUUUCGGUGACGGAUUUUGUUGCUCAAGCUACAUACACCGUUGUCCCUAUAACCAAGGCAUCUGUCGCUGAAGGCGAAGAGACCUUGGUCGAUCCCGAAGAUUUUGAUUCCUCUCCCGAAGGCUGGGUGGAAAACGGGGUGACUGCUGGGAACAACGUUGUUGCUUAUAAAAGCAAUCAAUCCGCCACGACCUCCGAAUCGUCCACCAAUACGUUUGAUUACCCAUUUAACGUGACUAUUGGUCCAACCGAAGGCAGUAAUAUCGACGCAGUGCGAACGAACGCCUUCUACAUCAUCAACAAAGUUCACGAUUUCGUGUACAAAUACGGAUGGACAGAGGCGAGCUAUAAUUUCCAGACCGAUAAUUUUGGGAAGGGAGGAGCGGAGGGAGACCGUGUCUUGAUGUCUGUGCAAGACUCGUCGGGUACUAACAAUGCCAAUUUUGCUACCCCUCCAGAUGGACAGUCUGGUACAUGCCGGAUGUAUAUCUGGACUUUGACGACUCCUAAUCGGGACGGUGCCGUUCAGAACGAUAUCGUCGUACAUGAAUUUACACAUGGUAUCACGAAUCGUCUCACCGGGGGCGGGACGGGCCGAUGUUUGCAGACAAUCGAAGCAAGUGGAAUGGGCGAGGGUUGGUCUGAUGCAAUGUCUGAAUGGACAGAGCAGAAGAGUGGAAAUAUCACUGAUUUUGUCACCGGGACGUGGGUGGUGAACAGUCCCGCUGGUGUGCGGACGUAUCCUUACUCUACGGAUCCUGCCGUCAAUCCACUGCGUUAUUCCUCUAUUGCUACGCUGCGAGAGGUUCACGAUAUCGGUGAAGUCUGGGCUAACAUGCUGCACAACGUGUACGCUGCCCUCGUCGAAGAACACGGCUGGUCAUCGACGGCUAUGGACGAUCCUUCGGGUCCUGAAGGGAACAUAGUCUAUCUUCAUUUGUUCAUCGACGCUCUAUCUCUCCAGCCUUGUAAUCCCACUCUGGUGACUGCCCGGGACGCGUGGAUCCAGGCAGACGUGAAUCGCUAUGACGGGGCUAAUGGGUGUAUUCUUUGGAAGGCUUUCGCGAGUCGUGGGUUGGGGAUGAAUGCUGCGAAUUAUCAGGAUGAUGAUACGAUACCUGAUGGAUGUUAGAAGUCUGGAAAUCAAAGGGUCACUUUCAAAGGCUUGGGCCUAUAGCUGGCUUAUCGGAUCUGGAGGGCUAAAGAUAUGGGUCGGAAUGUCCUUAACGGCAUUCCUAUCUGCAGCGUUAAGAGUGAUCGUCGAGAUCUUGGCGCACUUAACUCGAAUCUCUGCCGAUUCAUAUCGGAUGGACGAGAUGGUUUUAAGCCCGGAAAAAUUCCUCUGCUUAUUCGGUCACAACAGAUGGAUACUCGCGCCUCAUCUAAGAGCUUCGAUUC